AUGGGCUUAUUCAGAAGUUCUCUUUACCUCUUAAUCCUCUGUCUGUUGCAGGGAUCAAAUACUUCCUUGAUUCAGUUGAAUAACAAUGGUUAUGAAGACAUUAUCAUUGCCAUCAACCCUCUUGUGCCAGAAGAUGAGACACUAAUUGAACAGAUAAAGGACAUGGUGACUUCAGCUUCUACUUACCUGUUUGAAGCCACAGAAAAAAGAUUUUUUUUCAAAAAUGUAUCUAUAUUAAUUCCUGAGAAUUGGAAGGAAAACCCUCAAUACAAGAGGCCAAAACAUGAGAACUACAAACAUGCUGAUGUUUUAGUUGCACCACCAACCUUCCCAGGUAGAGAUCAACCAUACACCAGGCACUUUGCGGCAUGUGAAGAAAAGGGAAAAUACAUUCAUUUCACCCCUGACUUUGUACGGGGGAAAAAACAAAAUGAAUAUGGACCAACAGGUCGAGUGUUUGUCCAUGAGUGGGCCCAUCUCCGGUGGGGAGUAUUUGAUGAGUACAAUGAAGAUGAACCUUUCUACAGUUCCAAGUCAAAAAAAAUUGAAGCAACAAGGUGUUCAACAGGUAUCUCUGGCAUGAAUAAAGUUUAUCACUGUCAACAAGGCAACUGUAUAUAUAAAAACUGCCGAAUUGAUCCUCAGACAAAUCUGUAUACAAAAGACUGUCAAUUCUUCCCUAAUAAAGUUCAGAAAGAAAAGGCAUCCAUAAUGUUCAUGCAAAGUAUUUAUUCUAUUGUUGAAUUCUGCAAUGCAAAAAACCAUAAUAGAGAAGCUCCAAGUCUACAAAACAAAAAGUGCAAUUCCAGAAGCACAUGGGAGGUGAUCAGCAAUUCUGAGGAUUUUAAAAACAGCAUGCCUAUGGUAGAAUCACCCCCUCCAACUGCUUUCUCACUGAUGAGGACCAGUCACAGAGUUGUGUGCUUAGUUCUGGAUAAGUCUGAAAACAUGGCGAGUUUUAAUCGCCUAAAUCGAAUGAAUCAAGCAGCCAAACAUUUCCUGCUGCAGACAAUUGAAAAUGGAUCUUGGGUUGGAAUCGUUGCCUUUGAUAGUACUGCCCACAUCAAAAGUAAACUAACCCAUAUAACAGGCAGCAAUGAAAGGAUCAAGCUCUCAGAGAGUUUACCCACAGAAGCUUCAGGAGGAAUUUCCAUCUGCUCUGGGGUCAAGACAGCAUUUCAGGUGAUUAGAGAAAAAUUUCCCCAAAUAGAUGGAUCUGAAAUAAUAUUGCUAAUAGCUGGGGAGGACAACACUGUAAGGAAUUGUAUGGAGGAAGUAAUACAAAGUGGAGCAAUCAUUCAUUUGAUUGCUAUUGGACCGUCUUCUGAACCAGCAGUAAUAGAGAUGAGCAGUAUGACAGGAGGAACUCAUCAUUAUGUAUCAGAUCAAGUACAAAACAAUGGCUUCAUGAGUGCUUUUGGGAGCCUCACAUCAGGAAACAUCGAUCUCUCCCAGCAGACGCUCCAGCUUGAGAGUAAGGGAUUAACCCUCACCAAGGAUCCCUGGAUGAAUGGCACUGUAAUCAUUGAUAGCACCGUGGGAAAGGACACGUUCUUUUUUGUCACAUGGGACAAACAGCCUCCUAGAAUUUCUCUCUGGGAUCCCAAUGGAAGACAGAUGGGAGAAUUCACAGAAGACAAAGACUCCAAAAUGGCCUAUCUCACUAUUCCAGGAUUUGCAAAGGUGGGCAUUUGGACUUACAGUCUUCAAGCCAAAGUAAACCCAGAAACAUUAACUGUGACAGUGACAUCUCAGGUAGUAAAUUCUGUGCCUCCAAUCAUAGUGAAUGCUAAAAUGAAUAAGGACACAAACAGCUUCCCUGCCCCAGUGAUUGUUUAUGCGGAAAUUCAACAAGGGUACUUACCUGUUCUUGGAGUAAAUGUGACUGCCUUCAUUGAAUCAAAAAGUGGAGAAACAGAAGUUUUGGACCUUUUGGAUAAUGGUGCAGGUGCUGAUUCUUUCAAGAAUGAUGGGGUCUACUCCAGGUAUUUUACAACUUAUAAAGAAAAUGGCAGAUAUAGCUUAAAAGUCCAGGCUCAAGGAGGAGCAAAUAUUGUCACACGAAGCUCACAGCGUCCCAGGAAUGGAGCUCUCUCUAUACCAGGUUGGACGGUAGAUGGAAAAAUUGAAGGGAAGCCAUCAAGAUCUGAAAUUAAUGAGGAUACACAGACCACUUUGGAGAGUUUCAGCAGAACAGUGUCUGGAGGUGAAUUUGUGGUUUCAAAUAUUCCAAAAUUUCCUUUGUCUGACGUGUAUCCACCAAGUCAAAUCACAGAUCUUGAUGCCAAACCUGAUGGGGACCAAAUCACUCUAACGUGGACAGCACCAGGAGACAAUUUUGAUGUUGGAAAAGUCCAACGGUAUGUCCUGAGAAUAAGUGAAAGUAUCCUGGCUCUAAGAGACAACUUUGAUACUGCUCUUCCAGUAACUAUCACUGAUCUGUUACCAAAAGAAGCCAACUCCAAGGAAACCUUUGUAUUUACACCUGGAAAAAUCUUAGAAGAAAAUGUAACACGUAUAUUCAUUGCCAUCAAGAGUGUAGAUAAAAGUAAUCUGACAUCAAAAAUAUCUAACAUUGUACAAGUCCCUUUGUUUAUUCCUCAAGCAGAUCCAAGCCUUGAAGAAAAUCGUCAUAAUACCAGAGUUAACAUUUCUAUCUUGGUGUUGUCAGUGACUGGGUCUGUUGUAGUUGUUAGUAUUAUUUUAAGUACUACCAUUUAUAUUUUAAAGAAGAAGAAAAAUGAAAGUAGACCUGCAACAUCCAGCAUCCAUGAUGGAGUCUCAGAUUUUAAGAUGGAUUCCAUUGCAGAAGCAUCUGGGGUACUCCACAUAACUGGUUUUGCACCUGCACUGAAAACUGGUUAA